AUGGCUGGAGCUGUGAGAUUAUCGGUUUCGUCUUUUCAAUCCCUUCGCGUCUCUUCGUCCUUCACCUCCUUUGCCACGACUCUCAACUCUCUGCAACCUUGCUUACCUCCUAAUUCCAAUCUGAAUUCCGACAAGAGAUUGCGUCUGCUCUCCUCUUCUCCCUCGUGCUCGUCUUCACAUUACCCAUCUUGUCUCGGAAGCCAAAGCCCUGCUAGACGACACAAGAGCCAGGUGGUUCGCGUCAAGGUAGAUGAGACAGUGGCGGAGACAGAGCCACCGAAAUGGUGGGAGAGGAAUGCAGGACCAAACAUGAUCGACAUUCAUUCUACUGAAGAAUUCUUGAAGGCUUUAAGCGAAGCAGGCGAAAGAUUAGUCAUUGUAGAGUUUUAUGGAACUUGGUGUGCUUCUUGCAGAGCAUUGUUCCCAAAGCUUUGCAAAACAGCAGUGGAAAAUCCGAAUAUAUUGUUCCUCAAAGUAAAUUUCGAUGAGAAUAAACCAAUGUGCAAGAGUUUGAACGUGAGAGUCCUUCCUUAUUUUCACUUUUACCGUGGAGCUGAUGGCCAGCUUGAGUCCUUCUCCUGUUCUCUUGCUAAGUUUCAGAAGAUAAAAGAUGCGAUCAGACUGCACAACACCGAUCGUUGCAGCAUCGGUCCAGCCAAGGGACCUGAAGGGUUGGAAUCUUUGUCCGGGCAGAGGAAUGCAGCUGGAUCAAGUUGA